UGAGUGAAAUGAAGCCUCCGCCCAUGUGACUUCUGACGUCUCAGCAGAGUCCUGCUAAAAAGAAUUUGAGGGAAUGAGUUUGCUGCUCACCAGGGGGAUCCACGGCGGCUUCCUAACGUUUGCCUCAAGGAAGUCUGAAAAGUUGCCUGCUUGCCAACCGACUUAUUAUCUUAUUUUUUAAUUAUUUUUAAUCCGGUACACUCGUGAUGUCCGGCGAGCACAGAGAGACACAAGAGGGUAUGAAUACGUACUCUGUAACCCUCAGCGGCUCGCCGCCUUGGGGCUUCAGGCUGCAGGGUGGCAAGGACUUCAACAUGCCUCUCACCGUGUCAAGGCUGACGCCGGGCGGAAAGGCAGCUCAGGCUGGCAUCGAUGUUGGAGACUGGGUGGUGGCGAUCAGUGACGCCAACGCUGAGGAGAUGACCCACGUGGAGGCACAAAACAAGAUCAGAGAAGCGUCAGGCUCCCUCACCCUCACCCUCAGCAGACCUUCCAAAGCGGGCGGAGACCAGAAGGACUCGCUUGCUACAGCUUCUGUUCCGCCAAAGUACUCCUUUGCCCCGAGCACGACCAUUAACAAGAUGGCGAGGCCAUUUGCAGCAGGUGGUGCUAGUGCCAACUCAGGACCUGCUAUUAAACCUGUGGCCUACUCUCCUAAACUCAACACCCCGCGCUCACAGGGGCAUGCCAGUACACCUCAGCCACAGAAUGGCCUUGAGCCAACUCCCUCACCUGCCAAGGCCCAAGCAGCAAAUAAACCAGAUGAAUCGUCAAGUGCCGCCGCCGCACCAAAGAGUUCUGCUCCUUCCUGCCGACCGCCGUGGGUCUCGGACCCCAAUUUUGCCGACCGCUUUCGCCCAGACAAGGUCAGCACCGUCGUGACCCAGCACCAGAAGCCAGCCCAGCCCACGCCUAUGCAGAGCCGCAGUUCCAUCCUGCAGGCUGCGCAGCAGGCGCCGGAAGACAGCGGGAGGACCCCCAUAUGUGGUGCCUGCAACAAAAUCAUCAGGGGACGGUACCUGGUGGCACUGGGACGGUCUUGGCACCCGGAAGAGUUUACAUGCUCGCAGUGUAAGGCGGUCCUGGAGGAGGGGGGCUUCUUUGAAGAAAGGGGAGCCGUCUAUUGUACCAAGUGCCACGAUAACCGAUACGCUCCGAACUGUGCCAAGUGCAAAAAGAAGAUCAUAGGGGAAAUCAUGCAUGCACUGAAGAUGACUUACCAUGUUCAGUGUUUCAAGUGUGCAGCCUGCAAGAAUCCUAUCAGGAAUCAAGCCUUUUACAUGGAGGAGGGUGAACCCUACUGUGAGAGAGACUAUGAGAAGAUGUUUGGCACCAAAUGCCAUGGCUGUGACUUCAAGAUUGAUGCCGGGGAUCGGUUUCUGGAGGCCUUGGGCUACAGCUGGCACGAUACGUGCUUCGUCUGUGCCCUCUGCCAAAUCAACCUGGAGGGGAAGACGUUCUACUCGAAGAAGGAUAAGCCCCUGUGCAAAGGCCAUGCUUUUGCUCCAGUGUGAGAGAGCGAGGUGCAUCUUCAGAAGAAGGAGCACUGCUCUCUCCCUUCUCUUUACCCCUUACCCCCUGACACUUCCGUAGACGCACCACAUCCCUUCUUGCCACACACCUUGUUAAACUAAGUCCUUUCUCUCUCUGCUGCAGACUUUGUUUUUGUUCUCGAGGCUUAAUGCUGGCUGCACGUACCGUCACUUUACGCUGCUGUUAGGAGACUUCUGAUGGCACUGCCUCUAAUGCCAAAUGCUGUGUUGCAUAACUGGAAGGAGUCGAGGAAUUAUGUCACGCCAUCGGUAACUUUUUGACUUCCUAGUUGUUUUUAGGUCAUGAAAAAAAAUGUCACCGCAGGUCACGUCGAUUUGUAGCUGUUAGCGGAGUAAUCUCCCGCCUCUGUUCUCCUCGUCCUUGUUAAUUCAAGUCACCAACUUGAAGGAGUCAUUGAGCCUCUAAUAAUCUCACAUAUUGCAGUAAUGAUCAAGCACUUCUCUUGCACUAAGUGUAGUGAAGUGCUGGCCCCAUACAGGACCCAGGCCCACUCAUCGGCUCUCGCUGCAGCGCCCUUUAAUGUAAUGGGGGGCCAGUCGAGCAGAAAAGGUGGUGUCCAUUUCUGCUUGACUGGAUCUCCUUCACAGAAUCGCUAACUACUUAUUACUUUGACUCUGGGAAGUCAGAGCGCAUACUCCAGCAUUAAGAGUCAUUUAGAAUGAUGUAGUAAUUAACCCAUUUUUAAUCGUCAUACACGCGGGUGAUGGAGAUUGAUUUUUAACUUUUCCUUUGAUUUGACUUUUUUUUUUUUUAUGAGACGAAGUAAGUCUUCAUAAGUGUCCCCCGUGUUACUGUGAUAUUAUUCCUUAGAGUACUUUCAAGUCACUGAAUCUGUAUUUAUAUUGCUUCAGAACUGGCCUGUAAGUGUUGUUUUUUAUUUCAGCUGAAAGUUUCAAAUAAAAUUAUUUAGUAAUUCCA